AAAAAAAACAAUUCCCAAUUCACAAAAAUGUUGUACUUUGAAUUCCAAUAUAUUUAUUUUUUCUUUUGAAAAAAUCAACUCUUAUUCACAACUCCAAACAUACAUCAUAUAUAUACACAUAAAUUUUCCAAAAUUCAAAUCUAGAGCACAAAAUUUCAAAAAUUAAAACUGAAAAUUAGACCAAUCUGAAUUCAAUUUUGAUUUUUUUCAAAAAAAAAAAGAAAAAAAUUCAAUUUUGAUAUGUAUGUUAUUGUUGGCAACAAUCACCAUCACAAAGAUCAAAAUUUGUGCUUAAUCAAUUUGUGUGUACUCAUGUGCAAGUCUAAGAAGAGUACCCAUGUAGUCGAACCCAAGAUACAGCGAACCCCGCGAGCCUCCCGAUCGUCGCCGCGGCUCUCCUCCGAUGGUCCCUCCUCCUCCAACUCCAACAUUCUCACCAGUAACAAUUUCACCACCGGUUCGAGCUACAAAGGCUCCUCUUACUCCUCCAUUUCCAGCUCCGCCUCUCUCGCCGGAAUCAAAGCCUCCUUACCGGAUAAUCCUCAUAUCUAUGACUUCUUCGACAUAUCCUCUGCUACCGGAAAUUUUAUGAGGAAUCGAUUUUCCUCUUCUUCUUCUUCGUCGUCUUGGCGGUGUUUUCUUAGGGGAAAGGAAGUAAUUGUUUUUCAGAGAAAGUUUCGCCGUCCAAUUGAGUACCCGGAGCUUCAGAUCCGGCUUUCGACGAUUUGUAGAAGCCAUCAUAAUAGCUUGAUCAAGCUUCUUGGUGCAUCUAUCUCUGGAAAUUGUAUCUACCUAGCUUACGAAUACGUUCCCGGAGCGAGCCUUGCUGAUUGUCUUAGAAACCCUAAAAACCCUAGCUUCACGAUUCUCUCGACCUGGCUCUCACGAAUGCAGAUCGCGACAGACGUGGCUCACGGCCUUGAUUACGUUCACCACUGCUCUGGAUUGAGGUCCAAUUUCGUCCAUAACCACAUCAAGAGUUCUAGCAUCGUUAUCGUCUCCGAAGAAUCGAUAAACGCGAAGCUCUGUCACUUCGGUACUUCGGAGCUUUGCGGAGAGAUCGAGAGCGAAGUGGUAACCGAUUCAGAAAAUUCCAUGGAAACUGAGAGUGAAAUCACCGCCAUUAAAAGGAAUCCGAAAAAGUCGAGGAGUCGGGCAUUGAAGCUGGAAGGUACGAGAGGUUAUAUGGCACCGGAGUUUCAAUUAACAGGGACUCCGUCUCAGAAGUGCGACGUGUACGCAUUCGGAGUGGUGAUGCUUGAGCUUCUCUCCGGAGAGGAGCCAUUGAAAUACCAGCGAGUGGAGGAAGGUGAAGAUGGUGGUUAUAGGCGCGUGAGCGUGAUAGAGACGGCGCGUGCUGCGGUGGAAGGUGGGGAGUUGAGAAAGUGGGUGGAUUGGCGGAUGAAAGACUCGUACCCAGUUGAAGUUGCGGAGAAGAUGAUUCGGGUCGGGUUGGAUUGUGUGGAAGAAGCUCCUGAAAGAAGACCGGAUAUGGGUCGGGUUGCUGGAUUGGUUUCGAUGCUGUUUUUGGAGUCCAAGAAUUGGGCUGAGAAGAUUGGGAUGCCUAUGGACUUUUCAGUUUCAUUGGCUCCUCGAUGAGACUAGUUUUUUGAUUCAUUUGUACAUCUCCACUCAUACCAAUAUACAAAUACUUUUUUUUUUUUUUUCAAAAA